GCGGUGGCGCCCGGGCAGUCCCGCAGCGCGACCGCGGCCACCGUCCCGGCCGCCGCCGCCUCCGCCCCUCAAGAUGAACGCUGGGCUGCGGCACUGGAGGGAAGCGGCCACGCUGCUUCUGGCAGCGGGCGCGCCGGGGCGGCUGCCGCGCUCCCUGCUCGGCCCCUUCGACUACGAGCUGCUGCUUCUGCAGCGGAGCUCCCGCAGCGGCUUCAUGCCCAGCGCCCACGUCUUCCCGGGGGGGCUGGUGGAGGCGGCGGAUUUCUCCGCGGACUGGCUGGGGCUGCUGCCCGCCUCGCCUCUGUGCGGACUGGGCCAAGUGAAGCCGCCGCCGCCAGGCAGCAGCCGGGCGCCGCUCUUCGCCACCGACCGGGAGGAGCUGGGCUCGCCGCUGCCGGGGGAAGUCGCCUUCCGCAUCUGCGCUAUCAGGGAAACGUUCGAGGAGGCGGGAAUCCUGCUGCUAGUACCGGGGCCAGGGCCGGUGGCGGCCGGUGGGCCGGUCCCCCUGCUGCCAGCGGAGCGCCUGCCCCCGGCCGCGGAGCUGAGUGAGUGGCGGCGGCGAGUGCAGCAGGACCCGGCCUGCUUCCUGCAGCUCUGCCGGCACCUGCGCUGCGUACCCAACAUCUGGGCGCUGCAAGAAUGGAGUAACUGGCUGACCCCCGUCGGCAGGGUAGGAGGCGGUGGCCGGCGCUACGACACCGCGUUCUACCUGUGCUGCUUGGAGCGGCGGCCGCGCACCGCGCAGGACUGCCAGGAGGUGACGGCCUUCCUGUGGUCAUCACCUCCAGAAAUCAUUGAACGCUUUAAAUCUGAGGAAAUAUGGAUUGCUCCACCUCAGUUCUAUGAACUGUGUAGGCUGUGCAACUUCUCUUCACUCCGUGAGUUACACAAGUUCAGCUCUGACCGAGCUCUAGAGGGAUGUGAAUGCUGGAUGCCUGUGAUGUUAACUGCUGCAGAUGGCUACAUCCAGCUACUGCCAGGAGAUGAGCUAUAUCCAGAAGAUCCAGAUUAUACAGGAGAAAAGAAAAUAAUCAUGACAACAGAUAAGAAGGUUGAAGAUCUCAUGAAAGAGGGUAGUCUAUUUCACAGGAUAGCAAUAAAAAACAUCAACAAUCUUGUUGUCUAUGUUAAUAUUCAAGCAAAAUACAAUCAUAUAAAUCCACUGACGAUAAACUCUGCUUGUUCAGAUUACAAUAGCAGAUUAUAAUAUCUAUAUUAUAGAUAUAUAGUUCGGUUUAAAGGUAAAAGUUUUUUAAUUACAUACAUAUUCACUGUGAAUUUUGGACCUUUCUAAUUGUUGCCAAAGAGUCUGGAAAAUAUUCCUUUGUCCUGCCAAAGCAUUUUAUGUGUGCGAUUUAAGAGUUAUAUGUAACUAAUUCUGAGUCUUUGAAAUAGAACAGUUGUGCCAAUUACGAUGUUCAGAGGCCACUGAAAAUUUAAUGUAACCAUCAACUUAAUUAUUGUGAUUUGAUACUAAUUACACUGAACAAUUACUAUCAUAUUCUACUUACAUACUAAUUGCAGAAAUAGCUGCAACACUGGUCCACUGGGUUACACAGGUCCUUUUCUCCCUGAGAAUUUAAGUAUAUAUUAAGUUCAGAGCAAGUAUGUUUUGAGUAGAAGAAUUCUUUGACUAUACUUCCCAAAGUUACCCAUUAAAAAACUGUAAUGUGCAUCUAGAAAUUAAUAAAAUCUCCUGUUCCCUAUCUGCUGACAUCUCCCAGUCUAUUCUCCCUUUCAUUCUGGGGAAAAUCAUUGUAUAUGUUUAUAUAGAGAUUUAUUAGCUGAAAGCCACUUUUUAAAAGGAGUAUUAUGAAGUUAAUAUUUAUAUUAGAUAUGCGUAAAUUAUUUUUACUAAUAGUAAUUAGUCAAAACUACAGUUUUCAAAAGUAGAUAAUUUACACAAAGGCAUCUAUCAGAUAGAGUGCAUUCUCGGGGAUUUCGGGUUGGUUGGUUUUGUCUUUUUUUGUGCAAUAUGUGGAAUAAAUGGUGCAGUGAUGCAACUUCUUUACCUGGAAGAAGAAAGUAUGAUGACUUGACAAUAGCUAGUGAAGUUGUUCAGAAAGCUUGUUUCAGCUUUUGUUCUGUAUUUCAAUUAAAAACUUCUGCAAAAUUUUCA